AUGAAGCGAAAUCGACCAAGCGGGUCUCAGCAACGAAAAAUUAAGAAGGCAAAAGAAAAGUCAGCUGAGGCGAUGUCUGGAUCAAUUUUAAAAUAUGUUGCACCUUCAACAUCUACCGCAGUAGGAGAAAGCGCUGAAGACAUUCAGUCUGUUGAAUCCAGAGGUGAAAUGCCUGAAGUAUCUUCUCAAGAAGCUUCAUAUGGGAAAGCGCAAGAAUUGGAGAAGAUCAUUUUAUCUUCCAGCGGUGAAAGUGAUGUAGAUGAAGGCGAUGCCAGCAGAAGCCUGCAUCAGCAAGACUCUGAUGAUGAUGAUGAUGAUGAAGAAGAGGAGACUGUUCGACUGUCAGUUUAUUCUGAUGUUGCUGCUUGGCCAGUUCCAGAUGUUUUAAGAGUGGACCUUAUUAAGAGGGGAAGUGAACCUUUCCAAAAUAGAGAUGGGCCAUUCAGUCCUGUUGAAAGGCAAGGAGAGAAAUCAAAAGGGAAGAGUCGACAGUUGACCACUGCAUGGUUCUAUAAGGCUCUGCCUAAUGGCGAAAAAAUUCUUAGAACGUGGAUGGUGUACUCUCCAUGUUUUUGCUGCAGACUUUUUGCUGUUGAUGACAAAGUAACAGGGGCAUCCAGUUUUGUUACUGGGUUUCAAUUGUGGUGGAAACUGAACCCAAAGGUGUCUGAUCAUGAGGCUUCUGAGCAGCAUCUUACAUACUUGGAGAAAUGGAAGACCUUGAGAGCAGGAUUGAAGCUACAAAAAUGCAUUGAUCAUGUCCAUCAAACAACAGUGGACAGAGAGAAAAGGAAAUGGAGGGAUAUUUUGCAUCGCCUUUUGGAUGUAACUUUGUUUCUGGCUCACCAGAAUCUUCCCUUUCGUGGUCAUAGAGAGACCAUGUCAUCCGCAAACAAAGGCAACUUCCUUGAAUUGAUAGAAUUGCUCUCAAACUAUGAUCCCAUUUUAAAGGAACAUUUCAUGAGGCUGAAACAUGCUGUUGCAUCUGGAAAGAGAAUGACUUCCAUGAUUUGUCUUUUGGGAAAUCAUGUGAAGGACAAAAUAGUGGCUGAUAUCAAGAAAGCAAAGUACUUUGGGAUUCUUUUUGACAGCACCCCUGAUGUGUCCCACACUAAUCAGAUGUGUGAAGUGAUCAGAUAUGUUCAUUUUGAAGGGGACCAUGUUGAAGUAAAGGAAUCAUUCUUGGGGUUCUUUCCUGUUGCUGAAAAGACUGCUGCUGAACUCACAGAAAAUAUCCUGCAACAUCUGGAGGAAGAUGGACUAGACAUAAGCCUUUGCCGUGGUCAAGGAUAUGAUAAUGCUGCAACUAUGGCAGGGAUUCAUGGUGGUGUUCAGGCAAAAAUAAAAGAGAUUAAUCCCAAGGCUUUGUUUAUGCCAUGUGCUAACCAUUCCCUGAACCUAUGUGGGUUGCACUCAUUUGGAAGUGUUGUUUCCUGUGUGACCUUUUUUGGAACAUUGGAGAGAGUGUAUUCCUUUUUUUCGGUUUUUACACAUCGAAUUGCUGAUGGAAAAUGUAGGUGUGACAGUGAAAAGACUUUCCCAAACAAGAUGGAGCACUCAAUAUGA